GAUUUGCUUACUCGGAGCAGGACUGAGUUUGGAGCGGGUACUGUGAAAUGUGUAACCAUGAUGUUGCCUGGAUAAUCAGCGGAGGACGUUAGAAAACAAGAGACCUACAACCAGCUGAAGGCAAGUGAAGCAGGCAGGAAAGCCACACCUCAUGCGUGGGAUCAGCAAAGGUGCGAGUGGAUACGGAUCUGACAAACAUGGGUGUGCUCCAGCUCCACAAUCCCACUCACCCCAGCACGCUUCUGCAGAAGGCCAAUCAGAUGCGUCUGACCGGCACCUUGUGUGAUGUCAUCAUCACGGUGGACGGCCAGGAGUUCCCGGCGCAUCGCACCGUCCUGGCCUGCACCAGCAAAAUGUUCGAGAUCUUGUUCCACCGCAGCAGCCUGCGCUACGCACUGGACUUCCUGUCCCCCAAAACCUUCCAGCAGAUCCUAGAGUACGCCUACACCGCCUCCCUCCAGGCCACAGCGGAGGAUCUGGAUGACCUGCUGUAUGCUGCUGAGAUCCUGGAGAUAGAGUACCUGGAGGAGCAGUGUCUGAAGGUGCUGGAGACCAUCCAGGCCGAGGAGAGCGAGGAGGUGUCGGUGAGGAAUCACAGCUCCGGAGACCACAGUGACCACAGCCGGGCCAGGCACUGGAGGCACAUGUUGAUGUCCAAGAAGCAUUCCAUACAGGAUGGACCCAUCCGCACCACUCCCACUGCCCUACACCACCUGGCGCUGUACCACAUGACGGAGAGGAGCUCUCCCGGUGUAGAGCGGGACGCGGCUCCUGAAUCAAGCCCCAAGCUGGACACAGAGGUCAACAUGGAGAGUUCCCAGCAGCCUCAGCACCCCAGUGCAGAGUUAUCCCAGGCCUCAUCCCUGGAUCCUGCCAGAAGUAUAAAGUCAGAGAGCAUGCAGGUGGAUGAUGCCAACGGCUGUGAGGGCAGGUCCUCCAGUGCAGGGGAUGGAAGCUGCAUGUCAGAUCAGCCCAGAGACGAAGGCCCGGGUACACCUCUGAGAAGCAGCGUGAUCACCAGCGCCCGAGAGCUGCACACAGGCCCGGAGGACGGAGCACAAGUGUUGGGAAACAGUCUUGACUCUUUCCCCGGGAUUGCUGAGAAACAUCUGGCCUCCAUAUACUCUGUGCCCUCCAACCACACAGGGGAGGGGAUGAUGCCAGUGUCUGUGUCAGUGACCCCGUCCCUGGGUGUGCCACUUGACCCGAGGGCCUACAGCGGCCUGCUGCACCAAGGCUUGCUGCAUAGGGAGCUCCUCAGCAGGCUGGGCCAGUUUGCAGCCGGGAUGAGGCACGAGAGCCAGGCUCAAAGCCAGCAGUGUUGUGGUGAAUGUGGGCUUCAGCUGCACAGCAGACAGGCCAUGGAGCAGCACAGGAGGCUGCAUAAUGAGGAGAAGGGCCAUGGCUGCGAAUACUGUGGCAAACACUUCCAGGACAGCAUGCGUCUAAGGAUGCACAUGCUGUCUCACACAGCUCCUGCAGAGGCGCUGGUGUGUGAUCAGUGUGGAGCAACAUUCUCCUCAGAGGAUGCUCUGGAAGCCCACAGGCAAACACACACAGGGACUGACAUGGCGGUGUUCUGUCUGCUGUGUGCAAAGCGCUUCCAGACCCAGAAGGCCCUGCAGCAGCACAUGGAGGUCCAUGCAGGCAUGCACAGCUACAUCUGUAGCCACUGUGAGCGCCCCUUCCCAAGCCACACCACACUCAAACGACACUUGCGCUCUCAUUCGGGCGAUCACCCGUUUGAGUGUGAAUUCUGCGGGAGCUGUUUCAGAGACGAUGGAACGCUAAGGGGCCAUAAACGCAUACACACAGGAGAGAAGCCUUAUGAAUGCAACGGCUGUGGGAAGAGGUUCAGCCUCAAACACCAGCUAGAGACACACUACCGUGUACAUACAGGUGAGAAGCCAUUCGAGUGUAAGCUGUGUCACCAGCGGUCCAGAGACUACUCGGCUAUGAUCAAGCACCUGCGCACUCACAACGGAGCGUCUCCGUACCAGUGCACCAUCUGCCAGGACUUCUGCCCAAGCCUGGCCGCCAUGCAGAAGCACAUGAAGGGCCACAAACCAGAGGAUGUGCCGGCGGACUGGAGGAUAGAAAAGACUUACCUGUACGUCUGUUACGUCUGAGCAGGACUUGGACCUCAUGCACAGUGUCACACACACGCACACACAAAGUCAGUGUUGGAUGAAAACCUUGUAAUGUCUGUAUGGGUUAAAAAAUAAUAAUAAUUUAGUUUCUUUUAAGAUAAACUGAAAAAUGCAUUGUGGGAAGUUGUCAAUCUGGUAGAUACAAGGUUUUUACCUGACAACAAAGACAUGUAAGCAUGAUACAAAUGUGUGUACAUACUAGGGCUGCAACAAGCAAUUACUGUCAUUAUUGAUUAUUUUUACUAUUGAUUAAAUGUUUAGUCUGAAAAAUGUCAAAGAGUAGUCACAUUGUGACAUUAUGACAUCUCAUAUAACUUGUUUUUUGUGGACCAACAGUCCAGCCCAAAGAGAUUCACUUUACAUUAAGAGAGCGGCAAAUUAGGGCUGCAACUCACUUUCAUUAUCAAUUAAUCUGUUGAUUAUUUUCUUGAUUAAUCGAUCAGUUGUUUGGCCCAUAAAAAUGUCAGAAAGUGGUGCAAAAAUGUCCAUCAUUGCUUCUCAAAAUGCAAAAUGCAACCUCACGUUUUGUUUUGUCCUGACAGUCCACAGCCCAAAGCUUUUCACUUUACUAUCACACAAGGAUAAAGGAACCAGAAAAUAUUCACAUUUAAGAUGCGAGAACUACUGAAUAUUUGGUACUAUCUUUAAAAAAAAAACUGCCACAAAAUGAUUUGUCAGUUAUCAAAAUAGUUGUUAAUUUGGCAUUUUUCCCUGAAAAAACGAGGAAUAAAUUACAAAAAAUGUUGACAUUUAGUAGCCUGAUGACUUGUUUCAGUCCUUGUGCACACAAACAUACACACACACACACACACACACACACACACACAGUUUUGAUAAUAACUGUAUCUGUAAUGGAUCCACUGUGGUUAAAAAUCAAUACCACAAUGGCUGCCACUGCUGACCUGUAUGUGUAGCAGGAGCCUUUUUAUUGAUUGCUAAACCAUCAGGAAACCUGAGUCAUCUUCUUUGAUUGUGCAGUAAAUGCUGAAAAUAAUUCCAUGAAGGCUUGAUUGGCUGAACUUUGCAACAUUUUCUCUCGUUAUUUCCUGUGACUUUUUGUUUUUUUUCUCCUGUUGGGUUUUUAUUUUGGACAUGUUUAUUUUCUGCAUGUUUUACUUGAAUGGCUGCCACGUUUUGACCUCAUAAGCUUGAUCUCAUUAAUUGCCUUGUCUUUCUUGCAGUGGGUGUUAUUUGUUUCGAGGUAGCUGGCUCACAGUUUGCGUUUCUCUUGCAAUGCAAUAGGUUUUGCUAUUUAUAUGUUGUUUAUUUGUUACCAAAUAUGUGCUGAUUAUCAUCACGCAGUCAGUGUCUCUUGGGAUGAUUUCUUGUAGAGCGAGCUCUACCUCUCCACACGUUUCACUGUUUGUUUAAAAAAAGAAAAAAAAACCUACUGCAAAUUCAGUCAUGAGUAGUUUUAAUUUUCUAACAAACACCUUCAUAAUUUAAAUGGUCAAACAGUAUGUAAAAAAUGCGAAGAGCCUCGACAUGGCUUUUAAGUGUAGUUUUUUAUCAUUAACUAUAUAUAGAUGUCUUAUAAAAUCCCAAUCAGAAUUUUCUAGGAGAAAAUUGAAGAAAACAUGGAGAAGUUGUUGUUUUUGUUUUUUGUUUUUUACAAAACAUGAAAAGAAAAUUCUGACAUUGAAUCACUAUGAGCAGGUUAUUGUCAGUCGUAGUGUAGCUGUAAUGUACAAACUGUCAUGGUAUGUUAUUCCCGUAUGUGAGCCUAACACAGGCCUUAUAGAGUUAAACAUGUUGUAUUUUUGUAUUACAGUAAUUUGCUAUCUGUUUACAUUUGGUAUUAUUUGAGAAACAUCUUAAUGUGUGUGUUUUAUAAGUCUCUGAUUUGAUUAAGAUCCCUCCCUUGUGCCUCUUUUAUAAGUAGAGCCUUGAUGUGCUUGAGUACAUGGGUCUGUGCUAUUGGUAGUUGUUUCUGGGUGUUUGUUUAUUGUUACUUAGUUAAAGAUAGACUGCCAUGUAGAUCCACUUGUCUGAACAUUGCAACUGGAAGCAAAAUACUGUGAUAGUGGCUGAUUCUCUGAUGCAAGUUCCAAGCAAUUUUGAUGUAAAAGUACACGCUUGCCUCAAAUUGUUCCCUUCAAAGUGACAAUGGACUGAGAUCUUUGGAUGAAAACAGUGUGUAUAACUAAUCUUGGCAUCUGCGGGCAUUACCGAUGCCCUCUUAAGUAGCCAACAACACUCAGUGCCAUGAGGACGCACAUUCACUGUAUCUAUUCUACAUGAACAUGCACUAUAAAUGGAUUUCCUCGGUGGACCAAAAGAAAUAGAGCACUUUUGUUUGAAAAGGGUUUUUUCUUUGAUCUCUCUAUGUUGUGAUAAUGCAGAUGUCCUUUUAUUUGAUGUGUCCUAGAAGGAUGUGAUUAGCAUUGUUUAGAUUAUGUCAAUGUCUGUCUACCUCAGGGCCAGAUCAAAGCUCGACCUGGUAUCCAAUCAGGGUUGUUCUUCUUGCCAUGUGUGCAGUAAAAAUCCCUCUUCAUUACAGCUUUGUAACACAGUGUGUGAAAGUGUUUUCUCAGUGUGGAUUCAGGCACAACUCUGUAUGCGUCAG